AUGCUGGUCGGCAUGGUUGGGGCGUUGGGCAGCGGCAUGUCGAUGGUGGUUAUGACGAUCAUAUUCGGGCAGAUGAUUGAUGCCUUUGGGGCUGCAACCCCGGACACCAUUGUUCAUCGAGUUAACAAGGCAGUUCUAAACUUCAUUUACUUGGCCAUUGGAACAGGGUUGGCUUCUUUCAUCCAGGUAUCAUGCUGGACGAUGACUGGUGAGAGGCAGGCUACUCGUAUUCGAUCUUUGUAUCUCAAAUCAGUCCUCAGACAGGAUAUGACAUUCUUCGAUGUAGAAACGACGACUGGACAAAUAGUCUCCAGUAUAUCUGCUGACACGACUCUAAUUCAGGGUGCUAUUGGUGAGAAGGUCGGCAGAUUUCUACAGCUUGUUACAACUUUCUUCGGUGGGUUUGUGCUGGCGUUCAUCAAAGGCUGGCUCCUAACUCUUGUUAUGCUUUCUACGAUACCACCAUUUAUUGCUGCUGCUGGAAUUGUCGCAAAGAUGCUGUCCAAAAUAUCUAGCCAGGGCCUAGCAUCAUACAGUGAUGCAGGUGAUAUAGUAGAACAAACAAUUGGCUCCAUAAGAACGGUUGUUUCCUUCAAUGGUGAAAAGAAAGCUAUUGCCCUGUACAACAAUCUCAUAAAGAAGGCAUAUAAAGGAGCAGUCAAGGAAGGGGCUGUCCAAGGCUUUGGCAUGGGUUUACUAUCAUUAUUAUAUUUCUCCACCAUUGGAUUGAUUAUAUGGUACGGCAGCAAGUUAAGCAUCACCAAAGGAUAUAGUGGAGCAGAUAUCCUAAAUGUCAUGUUUGCAAUCAUGAUUGGUGCUAGAUCUUUAGGUGAUGCAACCCCCUGCAUAGCUUCCUUUGAGGAAGGAAGAGUUGCGGGUAACAGAUUGUUCAAAACAAUCAAGAGGAGACCAGAAAUUGACUACGAGGAUAGUACUGGCAUUGUAUUAGAGGACAUCAAGGGUGAAGUAGAACUGAAGGAUGUGUUCUUCAGCUACCCAGGCAGGCCAGAUCAACUGAUAUUUGAUGGAUUUUCAGUGCAUGUAUCAAGUGGCACAACAAUGGCCAUAGUCGGGGAGAGUGGGAGUGGAAAGUCAACUGUGAUCAAUCUGGUUGAGAGAUUUUAUGAUCCACAGGCUGGAGAGGUUUUAAUUGACGGAAUAAACAUAAAAAAUUUCAGGCUAGACUGGAUAAGAGGGAAGAUUGGCCUUGUUAGCCAGGAACCACUGCUUUUCAUGACAUCCAUCAGGGAGAAUAUUACCUAUGGAAAAGAAGAUGCAACCUUUGAAGAAAUCAAGAGAGCAGCUGAGCUCGCGAAUGCAGCAAGCUUCAUUGAGAACUUCCCUAAUGGUUAUGACACAACAGUUGGACAACGAGGUGCUCAGCUUUCCGGGGGACAGAAGCAGAGGAUUGCAAUCGCGAGAGCCAUCCUUAAAAAUCCAAAAAUUCUUUUGCUUGAUGAAGCAACUAGCGCAUUGGAUUUGGAGUCUGAAAGGAUAGUCCAAGAUGCACUAAAUAGGAUCAUGGUGGGGAGAACCACACUUGUUGUGGCGCACCGUUUGAGCACUGUAAGAAAUGCUCACUGCAUCUCAGUUGUUUCUAAAGGAAAAUUAGUAGAACAAGGACAUCAUGAUGAAUUGGUAAAGGAUCGUAAUGGAGCAUACUCUCAGCUUAUACAGCUACAAGAGACACAACAAGAAAAUGACCGUAAGUCAGAUGCUAGAUUAUCAGGCUCAGCAUCUAAAAAGAGCGGGUCACCCAGACGAUCAGUAAGUAGAAGUUCAGGAGGGAGCAGCCGUCAUUCUUUAAGUCUUCCCUUUGGUGUUCCUGGGCCCACUGAACUACUGGAAUAUACCUUUGCAGAUGGUGCCAGACAAAAUGAAAACACUGAUGGCAAGGUACCAAAUAAAGCACCAAUAGGACGCCUAAUUAGCCUAAACAAACCAGAGGCUGCAGUUCUUCUAUUUGGAUCUAUUGUAGCAGCAAUUGACGGAGCUAUCUAUCCAACACUUGGUUUAGCAUUGGCUAGUGCUGCUAAAAUAUUUUAUGAGCCACCAGACCAGCAACGGAAAGAUUCUACCUUUUGGGCAUUGCUGUGUGUUGUGAUGGGUGCAAUUUCUAUGGUAUCAAAAUUAGUAAAUUGCUUUCUGUUUGCAAUAGCUGGUGGGAAGCUUAUAGAACGAAUCCGAGCUUUGACAUUCCAAAGCAUAGUGCACCAAGAAGUUGCUUGGUUUGAUCAUCCUGAAAAUUCCAGUGGAGCACUUAAUGGAAGGCUAUCUAUUGAUGCACUUAAUGUAAGACGUCUAGUGGGAGAUAACUUGGCCUUACUGGUCCAAAGUAUUGCAACACUUAUUUGUGGAAUAGUAAUUGCAAUGGUCGCAGACUGGAAGCUUUCAUUGGUGAUCUUAUUUGUAAUUCCUUUAGUGGGUCUCCAGGGUUAUGCUCAAGUGAAGUUCCUACAGGGGUUCAGUCAAGAUGCUAAGGAAGCAAGUCAAGUGGCAACUGAAGCAAUCGGUAGCAUCAGAACAGUAGCAUCAUUUUGUGCGGAGAAGAGAGUGAUGGAGAAAUACAAUCAGAAAUGCCAAGCUUCUAGGGAUCAGGGAAUUCGAACUGGAAUAGUUGGAGGCCUUGGUUUUGGUUUCUCAUAUCUGAUGUUAUACGCCAGCUCUGCUCUUUGUUACUAUGUUGGUGCAAAGUUUGUUAGUCAGGGAAAAUCCACUUUUGGUGAUGUCUUCAAGGCUUACUUUGCUUUAGUUUUAGCCAUGAUUGGAGUAUCACAAACAAAUGCUAUGGCUUCUGACUCAGCUAAGGCAAAUGAUUCUGCUAUUUCCAUAUUCUCAAUCUUAGAUAGAAAAUCCCAAAUUGAUUCCAGCAGCGAAGAAGGUUCAACCUUGGCGAAUGUCAAGGGCGACAUCGAUUUUAAGCAUGUCAGCUUCAAAUACCCAUCCCGUCCGCAUGUUCAAAUAUUCACUGACUUCACCCUGGGCAUUCCCUCUGGAAAGGCAGUUGCACUCGUUGGUCAAAGUGGCAGUGGCAAGUCUACGGCGAUAGCUUUACUAGAGCGCUUCUAUGAACCUGAUUCUGGUGCAAUUUUAUUAGAUAGAGUGGAAAUUAGUAGCCUAAAGAUCAGUUGGUUGAGGGACCAGAUGGGAUUGGUAAGCCAAGAACCAGUGCUUUUCAGUGGAACGAUCCGUGAUAAUAUAGCUUACGGGAAGCAUGAAGAGGUAACAGAGGAAGAGAUUGCUGUGGCCGCUAGAGCAGCGAAUGCCCAUGAAUUCAUCUCAAGCAUGCCACAGGGGUACAAUACAACUGUCGGAGAGAGAGGAACACAACUGUCAGGUGGCCAAAAACAGCGAAUAGCUAUCGCGAGGGCUAUCCUGAAGGACCCAAGGAUACUUCUCCUAGACGAGGCAACAAGCGCAUUAGAUGCUGAAUCAGAGCGCAUUGUUCAGGAUGCAUUGGAUCGUGUGAUGAUUGGCAGGACAACCAUCAUUGUCGCACACCGCCUUUCAACAAUCCAAGGAGCUGAUAUGAUCGCAGUUCUAAAGGAUGGCGUAAUUGUGGAGAAAGGAAGCCACGAAACACUGAUGGGCGUCUCUGGUGGAGCUUAUGCUUCACUUGUGGAGCUUCGCACCAUGUAACAGAUCUGGGCUACAUGAUUGAUUACUAGUAUUUGUUAGAAACUUAUCUAUCUAUGAAAGAAUUUUCAAAAAAGAUCUAUAGCUUUUGGCAGUGCUAGGGCACACAUUGCAAAAUGUUCCCAAUCGUGCGUUUAAAUUUUGCACAGAGCAAAAUGUCGAAUACGAACCCAAUACUGUGUUUAAAUUUUGCAUUGAAUUUACGUACAAGGGCAUUUAAAUCGACGAAGCUACACAUUGAAGUGCGAAAUUAACAAAAUCCAAAAUCUUUAAGGAUGUGGCUUCUCGUAUUGAACCAAUCUUGUCUUCAACACGAGCUAAGACAGCAGUUCGUCCUCCAUUUGACGCAAAAGACAGGUAAUGACGAAACUUGAAACUGGUACCCAAGCGACAAUUCUUACUAAGCAUGCUGAAUGGUUGCUGGUCAGUACGCAGCAAAUUAGCCCAACAGAAAAAAUCAGCGAAUUUUUCAUUUCGAAUCGAACUGGCUCCGCGCAUACGAGCAAUGCGGUGGAAACUACAUGAAUGCAACUCGAACUUCAGAAGGGUUAAAGCCAUACUGCGUACUCCGGGUGGGCGGGGGACA